CACAAUAACCGUCUUAUGCCAGUCAGUUCACAAGUUUUGAGUGAACUUUACAAAAGUUUUUUGUUUAAUUUAUUUAUACAGCUCACGUACUGAUACUCUCAUGACCUAUUGCAAUGGAAAAUCUCUGGAGAUAUAUUUCAUGCAUUGUGUUCAUCCUGAUUCAUGAAGUGUAUUUUGCCAGUGCUACUUUGGACCCAAUGGAACCUAAUGGCAAUAUAACAGUGAAGUGGGACAUUUUAUCUUGGACAGAUGAUGGCUACAAUGCAUUGGUGACAAUUUCUAAUUAUCAACAGUACAGACACAUUGAGUAUCCAGGGUGGAGUUUAGGAUGGAGCUGGAGAGGCAAGGAAGUUAUAUGGGAUAUGUUGGGUGGUGAAGCAACUGAGCAGGGAGAUUGUUCUGCUUUCAAAGAAAAUAACAUUCCCCAUUCUUGCAAAAGACAUCCCAUAAUAGUAGACUUAUUGGCCACUGUUAGUAACAAUGUAAAGAUCGGAAAUUGUUGCAGGGGAGGUGUUUUGUCAUCCACUGUACAAGACCCACAGAAUUCUGUGGCUGCUUUCAAGAUGAGAGUGGGAGCUGCAGGGACUUCUAAAAAUACAGUUCUUGUACCUUCUAAUUUUUCAUUGAAAGGGCCUAACAUGGUUUAUUCCUGCAGUCCUGCCACAAAAGAACAAUCAAGCCAUUUCCCUACUCCUAGUGGACAAAGAAAAACACAAGCCCUAAAGACAUGGAGUGUGACAUGCAUAUAUUCUCCAGUUUUGUCUCACAAAACACCACUUUGCUGUGUAUCUUUCUCUGCAUUUUACAAUAACAACAUCAUUCCUUGUCCUGCUUGUUCGUGUGGGUGCCAUGAUCCUUCACAAAAUCAACCAAAACCAUGCCUAAAGGAAAUACCACCGGCUACAACUGAAAGCCAGAGCAACAUGAAUACAAAUACAACUGAGGUCCGUUGCACACACCAUAUGUGUGAAAUUAGAGUGCACUGGCAUAUCAUGACCAGCUACAAAGACUAUUGGCGAGUUAAGGUUACUGUAAUGAACUUUGGGUACCUGAAAAACUAUACAGACUGGAACCUCCUAAUUCAGCAUCCCAAUUUCGAUAGCUUGGAGAGGGUUGACAGAUUCAAUUAUACUGGUCUUACCCAAAACAAUCAUAGAAAUGAUAGUGCAAUGUUUUGGGGAAUCAAAUACUUUAACGACAUGCUUUUGCAAGCUGGUGAAAUGGGCAACGUGCAAUCUGAGAUUCUGAUGCAGAAAAUCACAGGGAAAUUCACAUUCAACAAUGGAUGGGGUUUUCCGCACAAAGUGUAUUUUAAUGGAGAUGAAUGCAUGUUACCACCUCCAAAUGUAUACCCAUGGCUGCCCCGGACCACAACUACACAAAGAAUAUUGUCAGGCCCUGCAUUCAUUGCAACAAUAUUAAUCGGGGCGCUGCUUUUUAUCUAUUUGUAUUGGGCAUACAUCAUGCAGAGACGGACACUACCAUUUUAGACUCAGAUGUCAGAUUCAACAUAUUAUUAUAUUUAGCCGAUGGGCUAUUUUAGGUGGGGAUCGUCCCCCACCGGAAAAAUGUCUCACGCCUGACUUUGUUUUGUCCGUCGGUGUAUUUGCCAGUCAAUUUCGGCUGAAAAUCUGUUGCCGGAAAAGUUUGUUUUCGUUGUCAAAAGUUAUUUGAAUAGCACAACAUUGCUGCAUAGAAUAUUCCAUGUGCAUAUGGCUAUAUGGUUGUAAGAAAUUAACCUCUCUGGAAAUGAAUUAGGUGAUACGGGAAUGUAUGUGAUAUUAAGAAA